AUGACAGAGGGACCGUCGUUGACGACACUUUUGAUGAAUGCACUGACUAAGAGUGAGGCACUUCAGAAGCACGUGGAAGAAUCCAACAAUCUCCUCCGCCAAGUCAAGCUUGAAAAUGAAAGCCUCACGCAGCGGAUGCAACUAUUGCAGCAGUCAAUGCCCGAGAACACUGGUGUGGAGAAAAUCAAUCGUAUUGACCAGUUAAUGGGAGAAAGUGGAACAUUACGAGGCGUUAGCGAUGAUCCACAAACGUGUGGGUUGAGGCGAAUUCCAGGGGCGAAACAGCCGAAGGCAGAACGUCCGAAUCUUGAGAGGGGCGACCACGAUUUACGGGAUGAGAAGGAGGCUUCUGCAAGCGUCAAUCCGGAUAGAGUUGACCUCCCCCAAUCGACUUGCCGGCAAGAUGAUUGUCAUCGGUUGAUCGCCAUAUCAAACCAACUUGAGGCUGCUCUGAAGAAGGUAGAGCAACUGACACGAGAGAACGAGAGCUUGAGAAGUCGGCUUGAAAGGCAGCAGCAGGUUCCUGAUAUUUCUGCGCAAUUGGAUUCUCUUUUCAAGCAGAACAUUGAGAAACAAGCUGAAAACGACCAGCUGAGGGUCAAGAUAAAGCAUCUGCAGAACAAACAGCGGACGUGGCGUCCGCAAAACACAGAUCCUUCUUCCUGUGGACCUUACAUCGAACCCUCUGAGAAUAAGUCGGAACGACAAGCGGUGGAAGAUGCAGACCUUGUUCCAAAUACUGCGCGGGACCUAGGGACGCUCCGGACUGUAUCAGAACCCCAAGUGGGGCGAAAAAGGCCACGCAUACGUAGCCCUCCUGAGACCCCUCUUCGAGAGAUGUCGGGCAAUGCACGACUGCAGUUGACCUCAUCUUCCGCAGUCAAGCCUAGAAGAAGUCUGGACAGUGCUUCGGGGACGAGAAAGGUCGAUGAAUUAGCAGAAGAUGGCGAAAAUCAUUCCGAACACGACAGUCGAAUCAUUGGAAGGAGGUCCUCCACGACUACCAAAGCAGCAGCCACUGGUCGUCUAGAGAACCUUUUGUUUACACCACGCCCUGACAACCUGCUUCUCGGGCAAAUGAAAACUCCCGAUCCUCUCUCAGCUUCGCGCCAACCACAACUCGGGUCCAAUUCUCACGUAUCUGCAAGCAUUGCUAUGGACCAGGCACCGUUGCGCGAAAAACCACGAUCUCGGCUAAACCUGAAAGAUUUCAAGGUUAACCCUCGCUACAGCGGUGGAGAGUUGUUCGCUGUAGUAGAAGUGGCCCGGAACAAAGAACGGAGAGAGUGUUUGGCAGGUUGCACGAAAGCUGAAUGCUGUGGUGCGAACUUCAAAGCACUUGCUACUACCUUGCCUCAACUCUUAGAUGGAAUGUCGGAUGAUGAGUUGUUGGUUGAGUUUCUAGGCCCUGGGCAGAUUGAGAUGAUGGAGGGUUUGACACCAUUAGCAAAGACCAAUCUUGUUGCAGAAGCGCGCACCAAGAAGUUGGCAGAUGCUUUUGGCAAAAUGCACAGAAGCGCUUUCGAUCGAGCACCAAGCCCGCCAGGAUACUGGAACACAGAAAUGCCAGGCACGCAAGAAGAACAGGACAAUAGGGCCAAGUCCAGCUUAUGGGAGAAGGAAGAGAUUGAGAAGAGGUACCGCGAGGCUAUGAAGAAAGAUGGCCGGUGGUUAUUUGUGGACGAGUGA